CAAAACGCAUCUACAACAAUGUGCAAAACACACGAGAAAGUGGAGAUUUUUGUAGUUCAGUAAAAGUUAAACGUUUACAGUGCUUUAUAGAAGCAGUGCGAAUCAGGACGUGGUUAACUGAUAUUAGUGUUAUUCAUUUUCAAAUGCGGGAGAGCUGAAUUUAUACAAAACUUUAUUGGAGCGUUUCAUCUUGCUGUUGAGAUGUCUCUGUUUCUUGUUAACAGGUAUCUGGGAGAGGAGGAAAAUGGGAGUGUCUCAAAGGAGUCUCGGUCUCAGGCGUUGCUGGCUAAACUGCAGCAGAAGGCAAAAGAGAAGCAGAAACAGAGUUUAACAGAACAGAGACAACAACCACCUAAAGGACUGACAGAAAAGCAGGAGGUCAAAAAGAAAAGAAAAGUUGACAAGGACAGCAGUGAGGAGUCUCAGCAGCACAAAAAAAGGAAAUCGGAGGUGGUGCCUUCAUUUGUUACAGACUCUGAUGACCACGAUGAGCCUGUCAAGAAGGAAAAGAAGAACAAGACAGCUGCAGAUAAGAAACAGAAGAAGAAAAAGGAUCAGUCAGGCAGUUCUGUUAAAGGUCUUUCUGACACUCCUGUGACUGAAAAAGAUGGACAGGAGGACACAGUAGAAGAAGAAGAGAAAGUAGAGACAGAAAAUAUCACAAUAAAACAAACCACAGAGAAGACUUCUGCUCCAGCUGGAUUCACAGUUCUGGGAGGAUUUGUGAAGAAACCUGUCCAGAAGGUACACAGAGUCCUGCCUCAGUGGCUUGCUCAGCCUGAUGUCAUUCACAGAGACAUUAAAAGCAACCUGGUUCCCAUCAGUGACAUCCCAGAAAUGUCUGCUGUGCUUGUGAAAAAACUACACAAUAAUGGAAUUCAGCAUCUUUUUCCAGUGCAAGCAGAGGUCAUCCCGGCCAUUUUGGAGAGCGCACAGCAGGGGCUGCUGAUUGGACGAGGUGGCUACAAGCCCAGAGACAUUUGUGUAUCUGCACCAACAGGCAGUGGCAAGACUCUUGCAUUUGUCAUACCUGUCAUACAGGUGCUGAUGGAGCGGGUGGUGUGUGAAGUCCGGGCUCUGGCCGUGUUGCCGACCAAAGAGCUCGCUCAGCAGGUUUGCAAAGUGUUCACAACAUACGCAGAGGGAACCUCUCUGAAAGUGGUGAUGCUGGCUGGUCAGAAGUCUUUUGCUGCAGAGAAGGCGUCACUGUCAGAACACAGAGGCGGCAUGAGGCGCAGUUUAGCAGACAUUGUUGUGGCCACUCCAGGUCGACUGGUCGAUCACAUCAACAAGAAUUCAGGCUUCAGUCUGGAACACCUCAGGUUUCUUAUUAUUGACGAGGCUGAUAGGAUGAUUGACAGCAUGCACCAGUCGUGGCUCAGCCAGGUGGUGAAGGCGGUGUACAGAUCAGGAAGUGGAACAGAAGCCAUGUGCAUCUUCAGGAGAACGGAGCCGGCACAUGUCACAGCAGCCAGUCUGUCUCCACCUCAGAUGCCGCUGCAGAAGCUGCUGUUUUCUGCCACACUCACACAGAACCCAGAGAAGCUGCAGCAGCUGGGCCUCCACCAGCCCCGACUCUUCAGCUCCAUCCACAGCAUCAGCGGUAGCAACAACACCACAGCAGCAGCACCCACCCAGGAACAAGGCCGCUUUAACUUCCCCCAGGGUCUGACGGAGUACUAUGUGCCCUGUACGUUAAGCAAAAAGCCCCUUCUCAUCCUCCACUUCAUCCUGCGCAUGAAGCUCAGCCCCAUCCUCUGCUUCACCAACUCCAGAGAGACUGCACACAGACUUUACCUGCUGGUGCAGCUGUUUGGUGGAGUUCAGGCUGCAGAGUUCUCCUCCCGACUCUCUCCUGCUGAGAGAAAGAAGACACUGAAGGAGUUUGAACAAGGAAAGAUCCAACUGUUGAUCAGCACGGAUGCAGCUGCAAGAGGCAUCGACAUCAACGGGGUCAAAUCUGUUGUAAAUUACGACGCACCGCAGUACAUCAGGACGUACAUUCACAGGAUUGGCAGAACAGCGAGGGCAGGGAAAACAGGCCUGGCCUUCACCUUUCUCCUAGGAGUUCAGGAGAAGAACUUCCUUCAGAUGGUGGUGGAAGCAGGGAGCCCCGGGAUUCAGAAACAGAUCGUCAAACCAGAGAACCUGAAGGGUAUGGAAGCCCGAUAUGAACAAACGCUGCAGGAGCUGGCUAACGUUAUCAAGGAAGAGAAAGCCAAAUAAUGGAGCAGCAUUCUCCUCUGAGCUGACAUCUGUGCAAGAGAAAGACCACAUGGCUUUUUUUCCAGCUGUACUUGGAAUUAAUUAUGUUGUUUAAUAAAACAUAAAAUGUC